AUGUCAAACAAGCGUUACCUCCCUCUUUUGCUGCUCAAUUACGCCCUCCUCUUCGUUGGUUCUUUGUCUUCGACCUUGCUGUCUAAGUAUUAUUUCAUCCACAAGGGCUCGAGCAGAUGGGUUUCGACUUGGGUUCAAUCUGCCGGGUUUCCUCUACUUGUAAUCCCCAUUCUCCUACCUUAUUAUGUCUUCAAGUCCACUGAACGUAAACCCUUCACUCGGUUCACCCCCAAGCUUCUGGUAUUGUCGAUCUUCAUAGGGUUCAUGUUAGGCUUAAACAACCUGAUGUUCUCGUGGGGGAAUUCUUAUCUACCUGUGUCGACUUCGUCUCUUCUUUUAUCAUCUCAGUUGGUGUUCAAUCUCAUUCUAUCUGUGAUCAUCGUGAAGCAGAAGAUCACUUUCAUGAACCUGAACUGUGUCAUCUUGUUAACGUUAUCUUCUGUGUUGUUAGCCUUGGAAUCGAGCAACUAUAAGCCCCAUGGUUUAACCCCAGCCAAGUACUUCAUCGGGUACUUUUCGACCAUCGGUGCGGGGUUGCUUUUCGCGUUGUAUCUUCCUAUCAUGGAGGUGGUGUACAAGAAGGUGUAUUGUUAUGUGAUGGUGAUGGAAAUACAGCUGGUGAUGGAGGUUGCCGCGACGGCGUUGGCGAGCGUCGGGAUGGCGUUCGACGGUGGGUUUGUUGAGAUGAAGAGGGAAGGGAGUGGGGUGUUUGAUAAAGGGGAGAGGGUUUAUUUGGUGACGGUGGUUUCGAACGUCGUGAGUUGGCAGCUUUGCUUCAUGGGGACGGCGGGUAUGGUGUUCUUGACGUGUUCGUUGACCGGAGGCAUCUGCAUGACGGCGCUGCUGCUGAUGAACGUGGUGGGUGGGGUGGUGGUUUAUGGGGACGAGUUCGGUGGCGUCAAGACUGUUUCCACCGUGAUGUGUGGCUGGGGCUUUUGUUCCUAUGUGUAUGGGAUGUAUACUAAGAGCAAGAUGAUGAAGUAUUUGAACCCGGAUUCGAAUUUUACAGAAAUUACAAAUACCCGACCCGAUAUUCAUAACCAUGACCAUCAUCUUGGUGUUAAUUCCAUUGCUAUGACUCAAACUAUAGCUUCUUCUUCACCUCCUAAUCACUUGGGGGUUUGA